CCCACAGUAAUUAUUAUAUACCACCUCUCCCCAUUUUCAGCACUUAAAUACGUAAUUCGUGUAUCUUUAUCAAGCGAUUCAAGCCACAAGCUGAGAGGCAAAGCACAUAAAAGCAAGCAAAAGGGCAAACAAACCCCAAAGGGGAAAUACACAGAAAGCAAAACAAAAGCAAAGCAAAAAUAUCUGAAAAAGCUCAUCAUCUCAAUUCUCAUUUCUCACCCUCACCCACACCCACAAAUAAUGGAGGAAGAGGAAGACAUCCUCCCACCAUUUUGGCUGCAGAACACCAACAAUCUCCGCCCCCGCCGCCGCCGCUCCUCCUCCCUCUUCCUCAACUCCGGUCUGCUUCUUGUACUCUUGCUGGUCAUCGCCCUUUUCUUCAUCUUCGUCCUACUCCCUUCCUUUCUCUCUUUCUCCUCGCAAAUCUUUAGACCCCAUCUGGUGAAGAAGAGCUGGGAUUCCCUAAAUCUAGUCCUUGUUCUUUUCGCCAUUGCCUGCGCCUUCCUCAAUGGUAACCACAACAACGAAGAUCGAAGCGUUUCAAAUGCAUCGCAAGAGGCUAACAAGUCAAACCCUUCGACACCGCAUCCAUGGUACGAGUAUUCUGAUCGGACGGCUGGCUACAACACCACCACAAACAGGUUAAGGAGCAGCAGUUCCUACCCGGAUCUACGUCAACAGUCUGCAUGGGUGGCUGAAGAUGAGCGGUGGCGAUUUUGCGACGACACCCACAUCAGCAAUUACCGCUUUCCGGGCUCGGAUCAGCUUCAUCACCGCCAGCCAUGGCAGGAGCCUCAAGAAGAAGACUCGGAGAUGAAGACGAACACGAACACGAACACUAUAGCUGUGGAUACUUUCGACGGCGGCAGAGAGGAAGUUUCAUCAUAUUCGCCUCCUCGGGCUCCUUCGCCACCGUUUCCGCCGCCACAAUCCACGCCGGCGCGGCCGAAGUCGGUUAAGCGCAUGGCAAAGAGAAGAUCAUAUCAAGCUCUUGGGCACCACGAAAAGACUGAAAAUGAAAGCCAACCUCCGCCUCCGCCUCCGCCUCCACCAGCGCCGGUGUUUCAACAGGCAGAGCAGAAGAGUUACGGCGAAAGGAACGAGAAGAAGAGAUCACCAGGAGCAAAGAGAAGAUCAUAUCAAGCUCUUGAGCACCACGAAAAGACUGAAAAUGAAAGCCAACCUCCGCCUCCGCCUCCGCCUCCACCGCCGCCGUUGUUUCAACAGGCGGAGCAGAAGAGUUACGGCGAAAGGAACGAGAAGAAGAGAUCACCGGGAGCAAAGAGAAGAUCAUAUCAAGCUCUUGGGCACCACGAAAAGACUGAAAAUGAAAGCCAACCUCCGCCUCCACCACCGCCGGUGUUUCAACAGGCGGAGGAAAAGAGUUACGGCGAAAGGAACGAGAAGAAGAGAUCACCGGGAGCAAAGAGAAGAUCAUAUCAAGCUCUUAGGCACCACGAAAAGACUGAAAAUGAAAGCCAACCUCCGCCUCCACCACCGCCUCCGCCUCCACCACCGCCUGUGUUUCAACAGGCGGAGGAAAAGAGUUACGGCGAAAGGAACGAGAAGAAGAGAUCACCAGGAAGCUCCGCUACCAAAGAUUUCUUGAUCUCGUUGACGGGGAAGAGGAAGAAGCGAAGGCAAAAGAGCGUCGAAAACCUCGACUCUAUUCUAAAUUCUCAACCCGCUUCGUCCCUUCCUUUAUCGCCUCCGCCACCUCCUCCGCCGCUGCCUCCUCCGCCUUCUUCAGUCUUUCACAACCUGUUCUCUUCCAAGAAGACGAAGACCAAGAAGGUUCAUUCAGUUCCACCACCACCACCACCACCACCACCAGCGCCAGCGCUGCCACCACGAGCUAAGACGGCGCGUAAGCCCCCAUUGCCAGCAAAGACAAGCAGUUUCGACGAAAACGUGAGAUCCGGGAACGAGUCGCCGCUGAUUCCGAUACCACCGCCGCCGCCACCAUUCAAAAUGCCGGCAUGGAAGUUCGUGGAGCAAGGCGACUUCGUUAGGAUCCAAAGCAGUACUAGUUCGCGUAGCGGUUCUCCAGAUCGGUUGGAUGAGACGGACGGCGGAGAUCCAUCGACGUCGACGCCGAUGUUCUGUCCGAGCCCCGACGUCGACAACAAAGCCGAUCGCUUCAUUGCAAUGUUUAGAGCAAAGCUCAAAUUGGAGAAGAUGAAUUCUAUCAAGCAGAAGCGAGUACCAGAUACACACACUGUCGGCGGAGGAGCCGCUCCAAGUUAGA